AUGGAUUCCAUCCCACCCCGUCCCUUCUCGACCGCCGCAGGUAUCCCGGUGGCCGACGUCUUCCCGAUGCGACCGGUGACGUUGGGUGAACCCAACACGCUGGUGUGUAUGGUGGGGAACAUCUUCCCGCCGGCGGUGGAGAUCAGCUGGCAGCUGGACGGGGACCCCGUCACCCAAGGGGUCACCCACACCCACUACACCCCCACGGCCGACCUGGCCUUCGUCCGCUUCUCCUACCUGCCGGUGACGCCCGCCGCCGGUGACAUCUACGCCUGCGUUGUCACCCGCGAAGGGGACAACACCUCCGUCAUCACCUACUGGGUGCCCCAAAACCCCGUCCCCUCCGAGGUGCUGGAGACGGCGCUGUGCGGCGCCGCCAUGGCAUUGGGCAUCCUCCUGGCGCUGCUCGGCAUCGCCAUGAUCCUGGUGGCGCGCCGCAGCACCCACGGUUGA